AUUUGUUUUUGUUCCCCCGUGAACCAUUUGUUAUGCUCGGACUAUACGCCUUUGCUUUACCUCCAAUGAAGAACGCUGUAGUGAAGGCGGAACAUGAUUCAGCCCUCGGUCCGUGCAGGGGAGGGAAGACCCUCGCAGAACUGGGAAUCACACGCACUGGAUGCAGCUCCUCCCUCAAAAUGAUGUUACUACUAUAAAGACGCGUGAUUCUCGAUCCGAGGCAAGCCCUCCCUCGGGCUGACGUCAGUCACUCGCAUAAAUAACGGAUCUGUCUCAUCACCAUCAUAAGCGAAACCCUCGGCGGGAGAAUAACUGCGUUAAACGGACUGACUGGAAUUUUGACAUUAAACGGGAGACGCGGUAGACGCGAUCACAUGUAAGUUUGGAGUCAUGACUUUGAACAAAGGAGACAAGUUGAGGAACAUGGACAAGAGGAGAGGAAGCAUGCCGUUUCCCCUCCACCUGCAGAACCUGCACAGGAGGAGCAUGCCUGUGGAUGACCGAGAGCUGCGCUCGAUGCCCGAGGCUCAGCCCAGCCUCCUGCGCUUCAGUCCGGCAGACGAGCACAGGAACAGCUGCGUGUCCGACUCCUCCGACUCCGUCAUCUCGUCCGGCAGCGACUCAGACGGACAGGUCUACAAGGUGGUGCUCCUGGGCGAGCACGGCGUCGGGAAGUCGAGUUUGGCCAGAAUAUUUGGAGGAGUUGAAGACAGCAACGACUGCGAGGAAACAGGAAACACAUAUGAAAGAUCCCUCGUGGUUGAUGAUGAGGAGAUGUCAAUCCUUCUCUAUGACGUAUGGGAACAAGAUAACAGCCAGUGGCUGAAGGAUCAGUGCAUGCGUAUGGGAGACGCCUACAUCAUUGUGUACUCAGUGACAGACAAGUCCAGCUUUGAGAAAGCUUCAGAGCUACGAAUCCAGCUGCGAAGAGCUCGGCAAUCGGAAAACAUCCCCAUCAUCCUGGUGGGAAACAAGAGUGACUUGGUGCGGUCCCGAGAAGUUUCUGUAGAUGAGGGCAGUGCCUGUGCCGUUGUGUUUGACUGCAAGUUCAUUGAGACCUCAGCCUCCCUACAUCACAAUGUGCGCGACCUCUUUGAGGGCAUCGUCCGGCAAAUUCGCCUGCGUAAGGACAGCAAGGAAGAAAACGCCCGCCGCAUGGCCAACUGCAAGCGCCGCGAGAGCAUUAGCAAAAAGGCCAAACGUUUCCUGGGCCGCAUUGUGGCCCGGAAGAACAAGAAGAUGGCCUUCAGACAGAAGUCCAAAUCCUGUCACGACCUCUCAGUGCUUUGAAAAACUGGACUAAUGUGCCCUCAGAUAUCCACGACCAGAAGCUGUGUGUUUUUCAUGCUAAUAGGUGAACUAUUUAGCUGUACAGAAAAAUAUGAACUUGUUUUGUAUACUGAAAAGAGAUUAUAUAUGAAACAAAGCUGACAAAAUCAAAUUAUGUUGACCGGCAUGAGGCUUUUUAUUGUUAUGUUACUUCUUUCUGUGUUUUGCUGCCUUAAUAUGUAUAGAUGUCAAAUUCUGUGCAUGUAAAUAGGAGGUAAAUCCACAAAUCACAAUGUUCCCUUUGGAGAGCUGUGGGGUAUGUUUGCACAAAGGCUAAAGAAUUAGGUUCUUUUCCUUAUGUGGACUAGAGCUGUAUCAGAAGUCUAGAGGAUGAGCACAAAUCAUUUUUCUUGUUGAAAUAUCAUAUGGAAUCAAAUGUUACUUGAAACUGAGUGCGCAGGUUCGUAACUCAGCCAAGACGCCGAACUAGAAGGUUUGGUUUUUUGGGGUGGGGUGAGGCAAGAGGCAAUAUAGGGUGUUUCGAUAUAAGAGGUCUGAGUAUUCUGCCAUCUAUGCUCCAUGUGCAAAUGAAUGACAUAGAAGCAAUAAAUUAUGUGUUGUGAGUUGUUUUUAAAGAAAAAGUUUGAUUUGCACUUAAUGCCAUUUAAUAUUAUUGAGCUGUUAAUUUUGUUACAUGUUUACAACUGGUUUCAUAAUAAAAUAAAAUACAAUG